AGUUAAUUCGCAGCGUGAGGAGGCUUGCGAUUGCGACACUCUUUCCGGAUGCGCCCCCAAUUGUCAUGUUUUAGCGAUUGGAUCAGCUUCUGAAGCCACAAGCCGUCACGCCGGUCAGUGCUUCGUUGCAUGCAACCAUUUCAAUGGAUUGCCCCGCCCUGUUCCUCGUCCAUGAGGCUCUACUAAUCUCGAAUCAAACUCCCUCACUAUCCUCAGCCUCGAGCUCCUUCAGAUUAAUUAUUCUCGCCCGAACGCAUCAAAUACUAGCCUAUAGAUUCCAUCGAUUCACCUGCGACACAUCGCAGCUCCACGAUUAGUGAACCAACUUCCUAUGGGAUAUGGGAUUUCUACAACCGCAGCCGGAUCCACGCCACCAUGGGUGAUUCAGUACAAGGAACGUUUAAGAGCAUACAGGAGGAAUUUAAAGCCAGAUUGAAGCGAGAAUGGACACGCCCAGUGGCCUGUCAACGACAAUGCGAUCCUCCGGAGACUUGUACCUGCCACCGACGUUUCGUCCACGUCGACAAAUUAGAAGCCUGGAUGAACCGGCAAGACUCUCAAGACUCACCCAAUACCAAGGCCGGUCGCCUGCUCGCGGAGCUUCACGACAAGAUCAAACAUCAUGCGGCGUUUGGGUUCCCCCUCGACUACCGGCCACUCUUUACCGGGGAAGACCGCUGCACUCGUGUGUUUAGUAUGCUGCUCGAGAAAGACCGCGGCGAACUCAUAGACCUAUUCCACGGUGCGAGUAUGUACGACAGAUACUUAAAUCUUCCCGAACAUAACUACAACGCCGAUCAUCCUAUACUUCGAGAUAAACUUCGCGAAAAACAUAUCCCUGAAGCCGACAUAAAUAAUAUUGUUACAGAUUUCGAAAAAGAGAAGUGGGCUUACUGCCCGCCUUUGAGCUAUUUUCGCUUGUACAUGGAAGGAGAUCUUGCAGGAGGCAAGAUGAUUAUGCCAUUUUGCCACCGUAUCAGAGUGAAUAACAAGGGAGGUACGGCUUCGGUCUCUUGGGUCGCAAUCCAGGAGGACUUGAUUGUCGACGAAGAUCUCAGAGGUGCUCUUAGUAAAUCAUUGUACAAGGACCCAGAGUUUGGAUGGUGUUUCCAGAUGAUACUGAAGUCCUACUCAGAGGAAAAUAAAGAUAUAUACAGCUGGGAGAAGGAGGCUUUUUCCGGAUUGAAGAACGAUCCCGAAAUGCCCAUUGUACGCUACCUUGGAUGUUAUACGCAUGACAAUAGAGAGAAAGGGACGAAGGGAAAGACUUACAACCUGCUUCUAGAAUAUGGUGAAAGAGAUCUUGACGAAUACUUCGCGGAUCUCACCAAUGUUGCUCCGGUGCGAUCACCUGAGAUUAUCCGCUUCUGGGAAUCCUUGUUCAAAGUUGCCAUCGCAAUCGAGCGAAUUCAUAACCUCAAAAUCAUUCGAGGUAAGCAAAUUAUGGAGUAUCAUGGGUGGCAUGCCGAUAUUAAGCCUGACAAUAUUCUUCGCGUCCAUGGAGAAUUCAAGCUAGCCGAUUUCGGGUUCUCAAGAUUUUCUGAGAAGAAGGGUAGGGGUGAAGUCCCUACCCAAUACAUCGAAGGGGGUACAGACACCUAUGGUGCCCCAGAAUUUGCCCGCAUGAAGAUCUCCGGAACCCGAUCCGAGGUCACCCAGUCCAUUGAUACGUGGUCUUUUGGAUGCGUUCUCUCGGUUGCUGCAACCUGGGUUGUACUGGGUCUUCAAGGUACUCGACAAUACCGCAAGUUGAGGGAAAUGACACGCGGUACUCAGACACCGGAUGGAAGGAUCACUGACCGUUUCCAUGAUUGUAAUGACGUUUUACCGGAGAUAAAACGUUGGCACAACUUCUUGAGAGGUCAUAUACGGUCAGCCGACACCGCAACUCCCCUUGUCCUUGAUCUCAUCGAAUUACAUAUGCUUCAAAGAGAUACCCGAGACCGCUACGAAUUUAGCGUUCUGUGUGGUGAGCUGAAAAAGCUCAUUAAGACCGCGAAGCGAAACAUUGAGGAUCUGCCCCAGUACACACGAGAAACGGACGACUCGGUAAAGCGUGCUCUCUUGGCCAUAGAAAAUGAAGCCCAGCAGAGCAGGGCUUCCGGUAUGCAAACGACACCGCUACAACGACAUUCACAAGCAAGCAAGGAGCGGGACCAGCUGGUCGAAAGAACCUGGCGGGUUCCGGUCGACCCAUCCCAGCGUGCGACAAUGCGCUUUCAGAAAGAAACUGUUCUGGAGAGCAUUCCUCUUGCAGAAACGCCAUACCGAAAAGAGCUCUUGGAGCAAGAGCUAGAGGGCGCCAUUCUUGAGGAAACCUCUGGUUCAUCAAAUGAGGGUCGCCACGGCGGUGCGACCACAUACAGCCCUAUCGAGGCAAACCUUUCAGAAUAUCCACCGCCACCCUCUCCCAGACCCCUAACUCCGCGUAACCCAAAUCUCAAAAUGAGCAAGCCAAAUGAGCAGCCUCCCGAAUCAACGCACAGUCGAUCAGUUGCUCAGCCCAACUCCGUUCCUGUACUUAAUCAACCCCAGCCCAGGACUACCUCACCAAAGCCUAUUAAAAGCAUUCUUUCAACCAGCAAUGGAUCCGCCGAGAAACCGCAAGCCCUGAGCCGUCGGCAAAGUCGUCGGGUGAUAUUCGGGGAGGAUCUCGACUCCAAUACUGAUUCAUCCAGAUCCAAUCAACGACGGCAGAGUCACUCACUUAAUUACGGUCCAGGAUUUACAACUUCAAUAGGAUUCUCUCCACCAGUGGAAAUAAACCCAACUACCAAACUCCGAAGUGAAGACCUCCUCGAUCCUCUUCCAGUGACACCACCGGCUCAUGCGAAUGCAAGCAGCCAAAAUCCAAUCGUUCCUUUGAAUGGAACCAGCAAAAUACUUCGCGGAUCAGAAACAGACUAUACUUUGCAAAAUGGACUUAAUGAUGAUCUACACCCUCCCCUGACACAUGGCUUUCAUCCAAGUGCAGCGGAUAAGGCUGGCACCAAGACUCUAGUUUUUGCCGUUGGUGAGCCAGAGCAGCCUGUGCCUGAUACCGGUGUGGAUUCUCAUGCAACUGCUAACUUGAGUCCUUCUAUUGUGGUCACUCCAAGCGCGUUUGCUUCUAACCUUCCCACCUCUGAGCUUCCUAUGUCGUAUCCGCCGCUACAGCUCACUGGGAAGGAAGAGCAAUUUAUCUCAAACACUGAACCACCCCAGCCUCUGAAUUCAUUGGAUGGCAGCCAGAAAACAGUCCUUCUACCUGAUAGUGUCUAUGGUCUGCCCUGGGAUGUUUGCCAUGUUCGCAAAACGCUCGAUAAUAAUAAACCCAAGACGAAGAAAGCAAAAGCUGGAGCGAUGUUGAAAGGCCUCUUGGGCAUGGAGGAGCUGAAGAAAGACGAAAACCUAGCAACUUUCAUACAUAAUCGGGACUUGGUUUUUGUUGUCGAUAACGGCAGCACGAUGGUCGAUCACUGGCCGAUCGUGACCUUUGUGGCGGAAACUCUUGCCAAGAAAAUUGCCGGUCUCGACGAAAAUGGGUUUGAUGUCAAGUUCACCAUCAAUGGACAUUCCCUGAAUAAAUCGGAACUCCGAGGAGAGGAUGGAAGGAGGAAGUUUAAGGACGUACUGAACACCGCCCGGCCCAAGGAACCACUUAGCAAUGACUUCUUCAUGCCAACGGACAUGAACCAUUUGCUUCAUGACGUCUUCCGUCAAUGGUGGGAUCCAUCACGGAGCAACCAAAAGGCUACUACAUUACUAGUGCUGACUGACGGUAUUUGGAAAGGAACCAAUCCUCCCGACGCAAUUAACAAGACAAUUGUAAAAUUUGCGAAACAGCUCGAAGAAAACGAUCGAUUUGGACCUCGGCACUUUACAAUCGGAUUCAUAAGAUUUGGUGUGGCUGGAAAGGAAAGACUUAAGAUUCUUGAUGACAGGCUAUGCAAGGAGAAUCAUCUUGAAGAUAUCAUUGACGAGUCUUCAUGGAAAGCCCAGGUUCACAAAAUGCUGACUGGUAGUGUCGACUCUUUUCAAGACGAAUGUGGAAAAGAUUCAGAGGACAUCGACCCCUACGACUAUGCUCAGCUCAAUAUGCUCUUUGAAGCGUUCAACAACAGCAACAAUAACCUAAGUGUUCAGGUACCCAGGCCAGCAAUCUCUCGCUCUUCGAGUGGCACCUCCAGCAUCGAAUUUCAACGCCAGGGAACGGACACGGGUGGUCGAAGUAUUGCGUCAGCCCCUUUCAAAGAAAAGUCGAGGAACCGAUUGUCUAAAAUGUUUUCUCCAACGAAGAGUAGCUGGGACGACUGAGUGGAACCUCUAGCCCAAUUUACCGAACUUUAUAUGCCAGUUUUAGCUUCAAACCGACCAAUGUCUAUUGAGUAAGGCCUCGCGUAGCCAUUUGUAUAUUGCUUCGUAACUUCGCCGUUCUUGUGGGCUUUUAGGAUUUUGGAAUAGCUUGAGAUACCCAACGGGCAGGAUUUGUAGAUGGCAUUGUAG